GAACUCUACACCUUAAAUUCUUUCACGAUAUCAACACUUCAUGGAAGACUACAAGGUCUCAGCGACAAUAAUCUCCUCGUCGAUGUCACACUACUAAGUCAUUUCGAUGGCUCUGAAACGAUCAGAGGAAGAAACCACAGUUUCGACAAAGUGGGGUCCAGUGGUAAUAUUCAACGGCACCAACUACCCCUACUUCAAGAAUUCGGUCGUAAUGGCUUUGGCGGCAGCAGGCGCACUUGGUUUCCUCGAUAACACUGAAGCAGUAGUAGCUGUACCAGCAGAAACAGAUUCGGAUAUACAAUGGCAGAUAUACCAGAGCUACAUAAAAAGGAAAGGCUAUGCCAUCUCUAUUCUCAACUCGGCCAUAAAUCAUAUUCAACGCGCUGCAAUUUUCGAGCUUAUUAUAGCGGGUGACAUCAAAAGAAGUUGGGACAAGUUGGCUGAAAUGGACCAGGCAAAACAUCCUCUAUUUGUUGCCAAUGUGCGACGAAGUUUCCAUCGGGAGACCUUCGAUCCAAACAAGCAAACAAUACGGCAAUUCACUGAUAUCCUAUUGAACUAUCAAAUAAUGGUUUCUACAAGCAAGUCUGGUAUUACCGACACGGAACUCAGAUCGGUACUCCUCCAGAAGCUCCCCGAAACCGGCAUCUGGCGUUCGUCAAAGAAUUUCGCUGUCGAUAACGAGCUCUCUCUCGAAAAGACAAUUCAACAUCUUGUCAUAAGUGCAAGUUCUUUGAUUCUGAAAUCCAUCACAAACAAUGGAGGUGCGGUAGAUACAAUCGACAAAAAGAACAAUAACAGAGAUGAUCAGAUUGAUCGAUUUGACGGAGGAUCACGAAAAAAGUCUAUCAUAUAAAGGGGAAGUACGUCCAAUUUCAGGGGAAAACUAGAUGCA